ACCUGCCUUCUCUGUGAUUUCUCUGCAGUCAAACGGGAACGAUGUCCAGGCACCAGAACCAGAACACGAUCCAGGAGCUCCUGCAGAACUGCUCCGACUGCCUGAUGAGGGCGGAGCUCAUCGUGCAGCCCGAACUGAAGUAUGGAGAUGGAAUUCAGCUGGCCCGGAGCAGGGAGCUGGACGAGUGUUUCGCCCAGGCCAACGAUCAGAUGGAAAUUACCGAUAGCUUGAUCAGAGAGAUGCGGCAGAUGGGCCAGCCCUGUGAUGCUUAUCAGAAAAGGCUGCUGCAGCUUCAGGAGCAGAUGCGAGCCCUGUACAAAGCCAUCAGCGCGCCCCGCGUCCGCCGGGCCAGCUCCAAGGGCGGCGGAGGGUACACCUGCCACAGCGGCUCCGGCUGGGACGAGUUCACCAAGCGCCUCACCAGCGAGUGCCUGGGGUGGAUGAGGCAGCAGAGGGCGGAGAUGGACAUGAUGACCUGGGGCGUGGACCUGGCCUCGGUGGAGCAGCACAUCAGCAGCCACAGGAGCAUCCACAACGCCAUCGGGGACUACCGCUGGCAGCUGGACAAGAUCAAAGCCGACCUGCGGGAGAAAUCUGCAAUCUACCAGUUGGAGGAGGAGUAUGAAAACCUACUGAAAGCAUCUUUCGAGAGGAUGGACCACCUGCGGCAGCUGCAGAACAUCAUCCAGGCCACGUCCCGCGAGAUCAUGUGGAUCAACGACUGUGAGGAGGAGGAGCUGCUCUAUGACUGGAGCGACAGGAACACCAACAUCGCUCAGAAGCAGGAGGCCUUCUCGAUACGCAUGAGUCAGCUGGAAGUUAAGGAGAAAGAACUCAAUAAGCUUAAACAAGAAAGUGACCAACUCAUCCUCAAUCAGCAUCCAGCUUCAGAUAAAAUUGAGGCCUACAUGGACACCCUGCAGACCCAGUGGAGCUGGAUCCUUCAGAUCACCAAAUGCAUUGAUGUUCAUCUCAAAGAAAACGCUGCCUACUUUCAGUUUUUUGAAGAGGCUCAGUCGACGGAAGCCUACUUGAAGGGUCUCCAAGACUCCAUCAGGAAGAAGUACCCUUGUGACAAGAGCACACCCCUGCAGCGCCUGCUGGAGCAGAUCAAGGAGCUGGAGAAAGAACGGGAGAAAAUCCUUGAAUACAAGCGCCAGGUGCAGAACUUGGUGAACAAGUCCAAGAAGAUUGUGCAGCUGAAACCUCGUAACCCGGACUACAGAAGCAAUAAACCCAUUAUUCUCAGGGCUCUCUGCGACUACAAACAGGACCAGAAAAUUGUCCACAAAGGGGACGAAUGCAUCCUGAAGGACAGCAAUGAGCGGAGCAAGUGGUACGUGACCGGCCCGGGCGGCGUGGACAUGCUCGUGCCCUCCGUGGGCCUCAUCAUCCCUCCGCCCAACCCUCUGGCCGUGGACCUCUCGAGCAAGAUCGAGCAGUACUAUGAAGCCAUCCUGGCCCUGUGGAACCAACUCUACAUCAACAUGAAGAGCCUGGUGUCCUGGCACUACUGUAUGAUCGAUAUCGAGAAGAUCAAGGCCAUGACCAUCGCCAAGCUGAAAACGAUGCGGCAGGAAGAUUACAUGAAGACCAUAUCUGACCUCGAGUUACAUUACCAAGAGUUCAUCAGAAACAGCCAAGGCUCGGAGAUGUUUGGAGAUGACGACAAGCGGAAGAUGCAGACCCAGUUCACAGAUGCCCAGAAGCACUACCAGACCCUGGUCAUACAGCUGCCCGGCCACCCCCAGCACCAGACAGUAACCACGACUGAAAUCACUCAUCUUGGUACCUGCCAAGACGUCAACCAUAAUAAAGUAAUUGAAACCAAUAGAGAAAAUGACAAACAAGAAACGUGGAUGUUGAUAGAGCUCCAGAAGAUACGCCGGCAGAUGGAGCUCUGUGAGAGCAGGAUGGCCCUUAAGAACAUCCUUCUGGCAGAUCAGGGGUCUUCCCACCACAUCACAGUGAAAAUAAACGAGCUCAAGAGCGUACAGAAUGAUUCUCAAGCCAUUGCUCAAGUUCUCAACCAGCUGAAGGACAUGCUAGCCAACUUCAGAGGUUCGGAAAAAUAUUGCUAUUUGCAGAAUGAGGUAUUUGGAUUGUUUCAGAAACUGGAAAAUAUCAACGGCGUGACGGACGGCUACUUAAAUAGCUUGUGCACCGUGAGAGCCCUCCUGCAGGCCAUUCUGCAGACAGAAGACAUGCUGAAGGUUUACGAGGCCAGACUUACGGAAGAGGAGACCGUGUGCCUGGAUCUGGACAAAGUGGAGGCUUACCGCUGUGGACUCAAGAAAAUUAAAAAUGACUUGAACUUGAAGAAGUCCUUGCUGGCCACCAUGAAGACAGAACUGCAGAAAGCCCAGCAGAUCCACUCCCAGACUUCACAGCAGUAUCCACUGUAUGACCUGGACCUGGGCAAGUUCAGUGAAAAGGUCACCCAGCUGACAGAUCGCUGGCAAAGGAUCGAUAAACAGAUAGACUACAGAUUAUGGGACCUGGAGAAACAAAUCAAGCAACUGAGGAAUUACCGUGAUAACUAUCAGACUUUCUGCAAAUGGCUCUAUGACGCCAAACGCCGCCAGGACAACUUAGAAUCCAUGAAGUUUGGAGAUUCCAACACGGUCAUGAGAUUUUUGAAUGAGCAGAAGAAUUUGCACAGUGAGAUAAGUGGCAAACGAGACAAAUCAGAAGAAGUACAAAAAAUUGCUGAACUUUGUGCAAAUUCAAUUAAGGAUUAUGAACUGCAGCUGGCAUCAUACACCUCAGGACUGGAAACUCUGCUGAGUAUCCCUAUCAAGAGAACCGUGAUUCAGUCUCCUUCUGGGGUGAUUCUGCAAGAGGCUGCAGAUAUGCAUGCUCGGUACAUAGAGCUUCUUACAAGGUCUGGAGACUAUUACAGAUUCUUAAGUGAGAUGCUGAAGAGUUUGGAAGAUCUGAAGCUGAAAAAUACCAAGAUCGAAGUUCUGGAAGAGGAGCUCAGGCUGGCCCGAGACGCCAACUCUGAGAACUGCAAUAAGAACAAAUUCCUGGAUCAGAACCUGCAGAAAUACCAGGCCGAGUGCUCCCAGUUCAAAGCUAAGCUCGUGAGCCUGGAGGAGCUGAAGAGACAGGCUGAGCUGGACGGCAAGUCGGCCAAGCAAAACCUAGACAAGUGCUACGGGCAGAUCAAGGAACUCAACGAGAAGAUCACCCGGCUGACGUACGAGAUCGAGGACGAGAAGCGCCGGAGAAAGGCCGUGGAGGACAGGUUUGACCAGCAGAAGAGCGACUACGACCAGCUGCAGAAAGCGCGGCAGAACGAGAAGGAGAGCCUCGGCUGGCAGAAGAUGGAGUCUGAGAAGGCCAUCAAGGAGAAGGAGUUCGAGAUAGAGAGGUUGAGAGUGCUGCUGCAAGAGGAGGGUGCCCGGAAGAGAGAAUAUGAAAAUGAGCUGGCAAAGGUAAGAAACCACUAUAAUGAGGAGAUGAGUAAUUUAAGGAACAAGUAUGAAACAGAGAUUAACAUCACCAAGACUACCAUCAAAGAGAUAUCCAUGCAGAAAGAGGAUGAUUCCAAAAACCUCCGCAACCAGCUCGAUAGACUCUCGAGGGAGAACCGAGACCUGAAGGAGGAGAUCGUCCGUCUCAACGACAGCAUCCUGCAGACCACAGAGCAGCGGAGGCGGGCCGAGGAGGACGCCCUGCAGCAGAAGGCCUGCGGCUCGGAGAUGCUGCAGAAGAAGCAGCACCUGGAGAUAGAGCUGAAGCAGGUCAUCCAGCAGCGCUCCGAGGACAACGCCAGGCACAAGCAGUCCCUGGAGGAGGCGGCCAAGACCAUCCAGGACAAAAACAAGGAGAUCGAAAGACUCAAAGCUGAGUUCCAGGAGGAGGCCAAGCGCCGCUGGGAAUAUGAGAGUGAACUGGCUAAGGUAAGGGCCAACUACGACGAGGAAAUCAUCAGCUUAAAGAACCAGUUUGAGACGGAGAUCAACAUCACCAAGACGACCAUCCACCAGCUCACCCUGCAGAAGGAGGAGGACACUGGCGGCUACCGGGCCCAGAUAGACACCCUCACCAGGGAAAACCGCAGCCUCUCGGAAGAGGUCAAGAGGCUGAAGAACACUCUGGCCCAGACCACGGAGACCCUCAGGAGGGUCGAAGAGAACGUCCAACAGCAGAAGGCCACCGGCUCGGAGAUGUCGCAGCGGAAACAGCAGCUGGAGAUUGAGCUGAGGCAGGUGACGCAGAUGCGGACGGAAGAGAGUGCCCGGUACAAGCAGUCUCUGGAUGACGCCGCCAAGACGAUCCAGGACAAAAACAAGGAGAUCGACAGGUUGAAGCAGCUGAUCGAGACGGAAACCAGCCAGAGGAAGUGCCUGGAGGAUGAAAACGCCAGGCUGCAGAGAGCCCAGGGUGAGCUGCAGAAAGCUCACAGCAGCGCCACGGAGACCAUCAGCAAGCUGAAGGUGCAGGAACAGGAGCUGCUGCGCCUGAGGCUGGACUAUGAGCGGGUGUCCCAGGAGAGGACCGUCCGGGACCAGGACAUCGCUCGCUUCCAGACCUCCCUGAAGGAGCUGCAGCUGCAGAAGCAGAAGGCAGAGGAGGAGCUGGCCAGGCUGAAGAGGGCGGCCUCCGAGGACUCCUCCAAGAGGAAGAAGCUGGAGGAGGAGCUGGAGGGCCUGCGGAGGACCCUGAAGGAGCAGGCGAUCAAGGUCACCAGCCUGACCCAGCAGCUGGAGCAGGCGUCCAUCGUGAAGAAGCGCAGUGAGGAUGAGUUGCGGCAGCAGCGGGACACGCUGGACGGCCACCUGCGGGAGAAACAGAGGACCCAGGACGAGCUGCGGAGGCUGGCCUCCGAGGCUGAGGCCCUGCGGCGGCAGCUGCUGCAGGAGCAGGAGAGUGUCAGGCAGGCGCAGGCGCGCAAUGAGCACUUCCAGAAGGCCAUCGAGGACAAGAGCCGCAGCCUGAACGAGAGCAAGAUCGAGAUCGAGCGGCUGCAGUCCUUGACCGAGAGCCUCACCAAGGAGCACCUGAUGCUGGAGGAGGAGCUCCGCCAGCUCCGGCUGGAGUACGAUGACCUCCGGCGGGGCCGCAGCGAGGCCGACCACGACAAGAACGCCACCAUUGCGGAGCUCCGGAGCCAGCUGCAGAUCAGCAACAGCCGCACGCUGGAGCUGCAGGGCCUGAUUAACGAUUUACAGAGAGAGAGGGAAAACUUGAGACAGGAAAUUGAGAGAUUCCAAAAGCAGGCCUUAGAGGCAUCUAAUAGGAUUCAGGAGUCCAAGAAUCAAUGCACUCAGGUGGUGCAGGAGAGGGAGAGCCUCCUGGUGAAAAUCAAAGUCCUGGAACAAGACAAGGCCAGGCUGCAGAGGCUGGAGGAGGAGCUAAGUCGCGCCAAAACGACCCUGGAGGCGGAAAGCAGGGUGAAGCAGCGCCUGGAGUGCGAGAAACAGCAGAUCCAGAAUGACCUGAACCAGUGGAAGACGCAGUACUCCCGCAAGGAGGAGGCCAUCAGGAAGAUCGAGUCGGAGCGAGAGAAGAGCGAGAGAGAGAAGAACAGCCUCCGGAGCGAGAUCGAAAGGCUGCAGGCGGAGAUCAAGCGGAUCGAGGAGCGGUGCCGGCGGAAGCUGGAGGACUCCAGCCGGGAGACGCAGUCCCAGCUGGAGACGGAGCGCUGCCGGCUGCAGAGGGAGAUUGACAGGCUCAAGCAGCGCCCCUACGGGUCCCACCGCGAGACCCAGACCGAGUACGAGUGGUCCGUGGACUCCUCCAAGCUGGUGUUCGACGGCCUGAGGAAGAAGGUGACGGCCAUGCAACUGUACGAGUGCCAGCUGAUCGACAAGGCGACCCUGGACAAGCUGCUGAAGGGGAAGAAGUCCGUGGAGGAAGUCGCUUCUGAGAUCCAGCCUUUCCUCCGGGGAGCGGGAGCCAUCGCUGGGGCGUCCGCUUCCCCGAAGGAGAAGUACUCCUUGGUGGAGGCCAAGAGAAAGAAGCUGAUCACCCCGGAAUCCACAGUCAUGCUCCUGGAAGCCCAGGCGGCCACGGGCGGCAUAAUCGAUCCCCACAGGAAUGAGAAGCUGACGGUGGACAACGCCAUAGCACGGGACCUCAUUGACUUCGACGACCGCCAGCAGAUAUACACAGCGGAGAAGGCCAUCACCGGCUUCGAUGACCCGUUUUCCGGCAAGACCGUGUCUGUGUCGGAGGCCAUCAAGAAAAAUCUGAUUGAUCGAGAGACCGGAAUGCGUCUGCUGGAAGCCCAGAUCGCUUCGGGGGGCGUGGUGGACCCCGUGAACAGCGUCUUUUUGCCGAAAGAUGUGGCCUUGGCCCGCGGGCUGAUUGACAAAGAUCUGUAUCGUUCCCUGAACGACCCCCGGGAUAGUCAGAAGAACUUCGUGGAUCCAGUCACCAAAAAGAAGGUCAGUUACAUGCAGCUGAGGGAGCGGUGCAGAAUCGAACCACACACGGGACUGCUCCUGCUGUCAGUACAGAAAAGAAGCAUGUCCUUCCAAGGAAUCAGACAGCCGGUGACCGUCUCUGAGUUGGUCGACUCCGGCAUAUUGAGACCGUCCACUGUCAAUGAACUGGAGUCGGGUCAGAUUUCUUACGACGAGGUUGGUGAGAGAAUUAAGGACUUCCUCCAGGGUUCAAGCUGUAUCGCUGGCAUCUACAAUGAGACCACGAAACAGAAGCUUGGCAUCUACGAGGCCAUGAAAAUCGGCUUGGUCCGCCCCGGCACGGCCCUGGAGCUGCUGGAAGCACAGGCGGCGACGGGCUUCAUCGUGGAUCCCGUGAGCAACUUGAGGUUACCGGUGGAGGAAGCCUACAAACGGGGCCUGGUGGGCAUCGAGUUCAAGGAGAAGCUCCUGUCUGCGGAACGAGCCGUCACUGGGUACAAUGAUCCUGAAACAGGAAACAUCAUCUCCUUGUUCCAAGCCAUGAACAAGGAGCUCAUCGAAAAGGGCCAUGGCAUCCGCCUGCUGGAAGCGCAGAUUGCAACCGGCGGGAUCAUCGACCCGAAGGAGAGUCAUCGUCUGCCCGUCGACAUCGCCUACAAGAGGGGCUACUUCAACGAGGAGCUCAGCGAGAUUCUCUCAGAUCCGAGUGACGAUACCAAAGGCUUCUUUGACCCGAACACUGAAGAAAACCUUACGUAUCUGCAGCUGAAAGAAAGAUGCAUCAAAGACGAAGAAACUGGCCUCUGUCUCCUGCCCCUGAAAGAGAAGAAGAAACAGGUGCAGACCUCCCAGAAGAACACCCUCAGGAAGCGCAGAGUGGUCAUCGUGGACCCGGAAACCAACAAGGAGAUGUCCGUGCAGGAGGCCUACAAGAAGGGCCUCAUAGAUUACGACACCUUCAAAGAACUGUGUGAGCAGGAGUGCGAGUGGGAGGAAAUAACCAUCACCGGCUCUGAUGGCUCCACUCGGGUGGUCCUGGUGGACAGGAAGACAGGCAGUCAGUACGACAUCCAAGACACGAUCGACAAGGGCCUCAUUGACAGGAAGUUCUUCGACCAGUACCGGUCCGGCAGCCUCAGCCUCACUCAGUUCGCCGAUAUGAUCUCCUUGAAGAACGGCGUGGGCAGUAGCAGCGGCACCGGGGGUGGCCUCAGCGAUGAUGUCUUUGGCGGCUCCCGACACGAGACCGUCAGUAAGAUCUCCACCAUCUCCAGCAUCAGGAAUUUAACCAUCAGGAGCAGCUCCCUGUCCGAGCCCCUGGAAGAGUCCAGCCCCAUCGCAGCCAUCUUUGACACAGAAAACCUGGAAAAGAUCUCCAUUUCAGAAGGGAUAGAGCGGGGCAUCGUUGACAGCAUCAGUGGGCAGCGGCUUUUGGAGGCUCAGGCCUGCACGGGCGGCAUCAUCCACCCGACCACGGGCCAGAAGCUGUCUCUCCAGGAUGCGGUCUCCCAGGGCCUGAUUGACCAGGAUAUGGCCACCAGGCUGAAGCCCGCUCAGAAAGCCUUCAUUGGCUUUGAAGGAGUGAAGGGCAAGAAGAAGAUGUCGGCGGCAGAGGCUGUGAAGGAAAAGUGGCUUCCCUACGAGGCUGGCCAGCGCUUCCUGGAGUUCCAGUACCUCACGGGGGGCCUGGUGGACCCCGAAGUACAAGGGAGGAUAAGCACGGAGGAGGCCAUCAGGAAGGGGUACAUCGACGGCCGGGCAGCUCAGAGGCUGCAGGACACCAGCACCUAUGGCAAGAUCCUGACCUGCCCCAAGACCAAGCUGAAAAUAUCCUACAAGGAUGCCAUCAACCGCUCCAUGGUGGAAGACGUCACCGGCCUGCGCCUGCUGGAGGCCGCCUCUGUGUCCUCCAAGGGCUUGCCUAGCCCCUACAACAUGUCCUCUGCCCCGGGCUCCCGCUCCGGCUCCCGCUCUGGCUCCCGCUCUGGCUCCCGCUCCGGCUCCCGCAGUGGGUCCCGGAGAGGAAGCUUCGAUGCCACAGGGAACUCCUCCUACUCUUACUCCUACUCCUUUAGCAGCAGCUCCAUCGGGCACUGAUGAUCAGUAGGAAAGGUGGCUAGACCUUGGCGCUCAUUUAUAUGAAUUUCCACUGUAUUCAAUCAUAGAAAAAGCA